AUGUUCAGUAUGUUAAAAGCGCUAUUUAGGCACAAAACUAUAGCACCAGCAAACCCUGGACCACCUGGAUCUGUCUCUGCUGCGCCCCCAGCACCUGCCCCAACUUCUACUCCUGCACCUGUCCCUUUGGCAAAGGAAGAAAAAUCGCAUGAGAAGAAAGAUGAAGAAAGCAAAAAAGAGGAAGAGAAGCCAGCUGAACCAGCUCCGGCUCCAACUCCGGCACCUGCCCCGGCUCCAGAGCCCCCUAAACCAGAGGCCAAACCAGUGGAUUUAGUCAAUCAGACAACAGAAGGUGAGGAAGGUGCACCUCCACCUGUCGUCAUUAACAGAUAUGCUGAUGACCAGCUGAGAGAGAUUGUGAGGAAAUUAAGGGAAAGGGUCGAGUUAUACAAAGACAAAGUCAUCGACCCCUACGCCUCGUCCCCGGAGCACAGCCCUCCCGUCACGCCCGUUUAUCGAAAACCAGACUGGAUCAAAAAACAGGAGGAGGAGCGAUUAAAACGAGAGGCAGCAGAGCAGAAGAAAAAAGAGGAAGAUGCAAAGAAAGCAGCCGUCAAGAAAGAAAAAGAGGAAAAAGAGAGAGUAGAGAAAGAGGAAAAGUUAAAGGCUGAGAAAGAAAAACUGGAGAAGGAGCAGGCAGAGGCCACCUGUCCCAAAAUCAAGUUCACAUGUAUAGACGCACUGCUCCAACCUUUGGAGAACAAGAUGGACAUGUACUUAGGGAUGACCAUCGACCCGUUCACAGAUCGUCGGUAUAUCAAAUGGCUGAGCGUUGUCACAAUUGCUUUUAACUACAAUGUUUGGUUGGCCACGGCACGCAUGUGUUUUCCGUAUCACACGCCACUGGCCAUCCCUUUCUGGAUAUGUUUCGAUAUUCUGGCAGAUCUGGCGAACGUUAUCGACAUCAUCGUCUUUCAGCCACGCUUACAGUUUGUGAAAGCAGGAGACAUCAUAAAAGACAGAGUGAUGACGAAACAGAAGUACAGAGAAUCUGCCAGGUUUCAGACAGACCUAAUAAGUAUUAUACCAUUUGACUUGCUGUGUUUCCACUUUGGAUUUUCGUCCGUUUUCAGGUUAAACCGGUUUAUGCGGUAUGAAUCAUUUUUCGAGUUCAGCGAUCGUCUAGAAAGCAUCAUGGCUAAGGCUUAUAUCUGGAGAGUUGGCCGCACUAUUGGAUAUCUCCUUUACUGCCUACACCUCAACUCUUGUCUGUACUACGUAGCAUCUGAAUAUGAAGGACUGGGCAGCACUAAAUGGACAUACGAUGGGAAAGGAAAUGCUUAUCUGCGAUGUUAUUAUUUCGCCACUCGUACCCUGAUCACUAUCGGAGGUCUUCCUGAGCCCCACACUCUCUUUGAGAUCGUUUUUCAGCUGGUGAACUUCUUCACCGGCGUCUUUGUCUUCUCUAGCUUAAUUGGACAGAUGAGAGAUGUCAUCGGAGCGGCCACGGCUGGACAGACCUACUUCCGUGCCUCUAUGGAUGCCUGCGUGGCAUACAUGAAUACUUACACCAUCCCUAAGCACGUGCAAAACAGAGUACGCACUUGGUACAACUAUACCUGGGACUCGCAGGGCAUGCUCGAUGAAUCAGAGCUGUUGGACAAAAUGCCUCUGGUGAUGAGAACGGCCAUCGCUGUGGAGAUCAACCUCGCCACCUUUCAGAAGAUUGACCUCUUUAAGGGUUGUGACAACCAGAUGCUUGUGGAUAUGUUAUUACGUCUGAAAUCCAUUUUGUACUUGCCGGGAGACUUUGUAUGUAAGAAGGGUGACAUUGGGAGAGAAAUGUACAUUAUUAAAGCUGGAGAGGUGCAGGUCAUCGGUGGACCAGACAAUAAGAUUGUGUUUGUGACUCUGAAAGCAGGUUGUGUCUUUGGAGAAAUCAGUCUCUUACAGUCAGCAAAAGAUGGAGGCAACAGACGGACGGCAAAUGUGGCUGCUCAUGGAUUCGCCAACCUCUUUGUACUGGACAAGAAAGAUCUUAAUGACAUCCUGGUCCACUAUCCUGAAUCUCAGAAAGUUCUGGCCAAAAAGGGAAGGAAACUGAUGAAGGCCAAAGGUAAAGCUCCUGUCCCAGAGGACAAAGAAAGGAAAAGGGGAUUGGAACUGUUUGGACCCAAACCACCCACUCCAAAAUUGUUGCGUGCUUUUGGAGGCUUUGGGAAAGGAGGUUUAUUGGACAAACUCAGGGCUCAAGCUGCAGCAGAGAAAAGGAAUUGAGAAAUUCAUUUAUCUAUUAGAUCAUCCAUUAGUCUCUAUAAUAAAUCCCUGUUAUCAUUCAUCCAUCCAUCCAUUCCCUUCUGUUUUUUUCUUCCUUGUUGUUACAUCGAUGGUUGCGAUUGGACAUCAUACUGCAGAUUGUGUCCCAGUCUGUGAAAACCCAGCUAAGUAAUUUUUCUGAUAUGCUGUUUUUUACAUAAACUCAUGAUACAUAAUUUAAAGACCAUUUUGUGAAAAUAUAUUUUGAUUUCUUAAAUAUUGACUGAGGAAGGUCAUGUCAAAUAUUGAAAUCAAAGUAAAAUCAACUAUCAUCAUGAUAUUAUGAGACUUUCACAUGGAUUUUACAGACAUGGUCACAUAUAGUAUCAUUAAAAAGUUAGACACUGUCCACUAAAAGUCAUUAUUUAACUGGUUUUGCAAUGUACUAGUCAAAAAUGAGUGAUUUGUGUGGGGCUUCCUCUGUUUUUAAUUUUUAAAUA